GCCAUUUUAACGAAACACUGGAGAAGUACGAAGACGAAAAGAGAGUCUUUCUGAAUUAUUAUAAGAGAUCCGAACUAAAUAAUUAGACGAUUAGACAAAUUAUAUCAUGCUCUGAUCAUUUUAAGUAUAUCUGAUCUGACGUUUAGCUGGACUGGGGAGUAUUACAACUGCAAACCAGUGGUGAGGGUAAGGGAGAUGGAGGCUGUGUUUGAGGACUCGGAGGUGAAGCUCAUGGAGGAGGUGGAGAGCUGCUACACCUCAGUGGAGGUUCCGUCUCCCAAGAGGAGAAGGAAACCCAAAGGCCACGGAGAACGAGUCGACAAAACCAAAAAACCCAGGUCGGCAUAUCUGCUGUACUACUUUGACGUGCACCAGCGUCUGCAGCAGGAGCACCCUGAGCUGCCGCAGUCGGAGAUCAACAAGCGGGUCAGCGAGAGCUGGAGGAGGCUUAGCGUGGCCGACAAAGCCUUCUACUUGGACCGGGCCUCGCUGGAGCGGGACGGGCUUGGACAGAGAGCUGUCUCUGCUGUUGCCUCUCAGGAUGUCCCGGGCUUCCGGAAGAUUCUCCCGCGGGCGAGCUAUGUUUUGCUUCCUAAGGGUGGGUCACUGGAUGAGCAAGUCGGUGGGACUGUGGAGGUGUGUGUGGAGGAAGGGACGGAGCCUCUCUUUUCCCCCAUGGCACUUGGUAGCGAGGUGGAGCUGGCCGAGCAAACUGUUGCCUUGGAGAUGCCGAGGGAUGAUGCUGCUGCUGCUGCUGCCGUGACAACCCUGCCUCAUGCGAACCCCCUCACACACACUCAGAGCAGCUGCCCAGUCAGAGAGCAGGAAGCCACACACACCACUGCAGUUGGCAUGGCAAUGGAGGAGGGGCUGGAGGGAGGGGCUUUGGUGCAGCAGGUGAAGGCAGACUCUACCCACCUGGUGGCCAUCAUACCCAAUCAGAGCCUGCUGGAACACAAGGUCGUCUCCCCAAACAGCUCUCUCGUCAUGCUCCCCAUUGUGUCCAGUGUGGAGCCGGCCCCCAAGCCUUCAGUCAAACUGUCUAUUAAGUACACCCGGAGAGGGAGGGGCAGCUGCCACACCCCGGGUUGCUCCUUCAACUAUGUCACACGACACAAACCCCCGCAGUGCCCCCUGUGUGGACUACACCUGGGGGGAAAGUGGAUCGCCAUGGGGAAGAAAGACUCAGAUAAAGCACGCUCAGUGCCUAGCAACAACAGGCCAUCACCACGGAAACCACAGAAAGACCUCAAAACAGCCCCCCGCUCCGCAUCAGAACCAGAGGGGGUGGACCAGGGAGCGGAGCUUGCCACCCAUCUAGACUUUAAAGCUAUUGCUAGCCUCAAGCAGCGAAAGAGGACCGGCCGCUUGCCACGGGAACAGCGGGCAGAGCCACGCCCUGCUUCUGCACCUGGCCUGGCACCAGAGGGAGCCAGAGUCAAGAGCCCAGAUCUGAAGGCCAUGAGUGCCACUGCCAUCUGUACUGGCACAGACGCAAGUCCUGGCGCUGCCGCUGAGACUGCUGGGAGAAAACCGUCCACUGGUCGUGCUCGAGGGAGAGCCAGAAAUAUGGGUGCUGGACAGAAGCGUCCUGUGAGAGCAAUACUGCCUGCGCCCACCAAAGCAGUUUCUUCCCCAGCUACUGUAGUCCAGUUCAUCACUGUCCCUCCUUCCAACAAGCAUAAAGUUGAAGUCAAGAACAGUAGCACCACAAAAACAGUUAAAGUACACUGUGAGAUCUCUGGUUUGAAGCCGAGUACACUGAAGCAGCUGGGCCACACUCUACCUCCCCCAACAUCAGAGCAGAAGCCAGCGUCCCGUCUGACUGGUGGUCAGUUUAUCAUCACGGAGAACAGCCUCAAGAUGCUCUCCAUGGUUCCCUUCAAGCAGAACACUGGUGCCAACCUGGAUCUUGGCCUGUCGACAGCGCGUGGUCGCGGUCGGUGUAAGAACCCUGGGUGUGACUACAUCUACAAGAACCGCCAUAAGCCUGCCCACUGCCCCGCCUGUGGCUGGGAGCUCAGCAAGAACCCCACGCGCAAGAGCAAAGCUAAUGCUGCUGAGGACUGCAGAGGGGAUGAAGAGUGUGUGUUAGAUCCAUACACCCCACUGACAGCCACACAGAGAGACGUACAGAGACAGAACACACUCCAGUUGCUACGGCAAUGCCUGCAGAUCCCAGAGAGUGAAGGAGAACUCCAGGAAACACUCACACUCAUACAGGAACUCAACAACACACAGGUGGUAGUGUCCUCUACGGAUGAGCAGCUGACUGCACAGCUCCAGAGCAGUUGGCCACGUUUCUAUGAGUCUCCCGCAACUCACUGCAGCCUCUGCCAGUUCCCUCUGUUUAAAGGAGGACAGAGCUCUGUUGCAGGGCAGGAGGAUUGCUGGUUACUGACUGAGUCUCAUCUGCAGACAGCAUCCAUUCAGCUAAAAAUGUGCACCAACACACAGUGCCUGGCCUUACACAGCCUUAUAGAUAUACACCCAGGUCUGUUUAAUGUGGGGAAUAAGCUACUUGUGAGUUUGGAUCUGUUUUUUAAGAUCCGCAACCAUCUCGGACUGGGCCAUGAUCCAACACAAGCUGCUCUUGCUAUUUUACAGAACGUCCAGAACCAACCAGUGAGCACCCUGAGUGGGGAGGAGCUGUCGGAGCUGGUGUCGCUGCUGCUGGCGGGCUACUGGGCGUUUGAGAGCCUGACGCUGAGGGACUACAACGACAUGAUCUGUGGGGUGUGUGGCGUCGCCCCCAAGGUGGAGAUCGCCCAGAGGAACAGCAACAACACACUGCUGCUGCACAACGUGGAGUUCACCUGGCCCGAGUAUGCAGUGUCUGAUGAGGUUCAAGCUGACGACUUCUGGUUGACCAUGGAGAACGAGGCACUGGAACAGGCUGCCUUCCCCUCUAGUCCACCAAUCACACGCUUUGACGCCUCCAUCAUCGCUCCCUUCAUCCCGCCCCUUAUGAGGGCUGCUGCUGUCAUCAACACGGAGAAGGACAAGUGCCUCACACACACUCCUGCAGGAGACCCAUCCGCUCUGGUGCGUUUGAUCCACGAGGGUCAGCUGAACCCGGAGCAGUUGCAUGAACACACACAAGCGGAACUGCAGAGUGUGUUAGAACGCUGUGAAGUCCCCACCACACCCAAUGGCACCAAGGAGGAGUUGUUGGAGAGUGUGUGUUCUCUGUACACACACAUCCAGAGUGGUCAGAUGACCGGCCCCCCUCCCCCCUCUCAUCUGACUUCAGGCAGACUCAGCAAAGUCUGUCCUCACCAGGUGGUGUGUGGCAGUAAGUAUCUUGUGCGUGCUGAAAGUGCCCGGGACCAUGUGGACCUGCUGGUGUCGUCUAGGUUCUGGCCGGUGGUGUAUGUGGCAGACUGUGGCCAGCAGGUGGCGCUGUGCACAGACGUGCUGUACCCACAGCUGGCACAGAGCAUGUGGAGCAGCAGGCAGGGCUGCCUCUCAGACCCCCUGGCACCAGACCAGCUGGUGUCGUGUGAUGAGCUGCAGGAACACCUACAGAACUCGGACCCGACGCUGCUGGACCCGUCCAGUCUGGACUCCCCUCUGCACCCCCUCACCCGCUCCCUGUCUCGCUGGGUGCUGCAUCCCCCGACACACACACACACUCACACACAAACACACUCACACCGCUCCACAGAGAUCUGCCCAGAACUGCAGCCCUACCUCAGUCCCGCCCUGGAGGAGGGGUCGGCAGAGGAGGCCCUGCCCCCCGGCACCCUGCGAGAUCAGGCGGUGACCUUUGAGAACGCCGCGUUCUACUUCCUGUACAAUCGUCUGCUGGACUUCCUGUGGAGCCGUGAGGUGGUGAAUGGACAGAUCUCAGAGGUGCUGCAGAGCUGCGGCGUCGGCCAGGUGGUGAUCAGGGACGCCCUCUACAGGCUCGGAGUGGCACACAUCAACACGCAGCACGAGGACGCGGAGCAGGAGGAAGCGGGAGGGGAUGGGGCGGAAUGAGAGGGAGAUGGACAGAUACACAGAUCAAAACAGAGAGAGAGAGAUGGAGAGGCACGCAGAGGAACAGAGAGUGAG